AUUAGGAGUGAGUUCGCUUGCGUGGAUUUCCCUUGCCUCUUGCAGUGGCAGUGGUGUAUGUUAAAGUUAAACCUGUUGCCUGUCGACUGUUCUACAACGCUUCUCCUCCAAGUUUUACUUUCCGGAAAUUACACCGUGAAAUAGGCGAUACGAAGGAAAAAGUAUUUUCAACAGGUAGAGAAUCAAACUAUUCAAAAAUGAAAUUUUGUGGUUGGUGAAUAAUCAACUGUCUAACAAAAUGUAUGGGAUGUUAUUGGAGAGUGUUCAGCAUUUUGUGCAGUUGGAAUAUGGAGAAGAUGUGUGGCAAAAGUUGCUUAUUGAAUCGGAAUGUAAAUAUACAGUAUUCAGUACUCAUCAAACGUAUCCGGAUAAUAUAAUGUCUACUCUGGCAACGGCAUUGGCUAAUAUCACUUCCACUUCUUUAGAUGAUUCUAUGAUGUUUUUUGGUAGAUGUUUUGUUAGAUUCUUCAGCAAUUAUGGAUAUGACGUUAUUAUAAAAGCAACAGGAAGAUAUUUCGCAGACUUUUUAAGUAAUAUAGAUAAUCUCCAUUCGCAAUUUAGAGUAUCUUAUCCGAAAAUGAAAAGUCCUUCAAUGUACAUUACCGAUAUUGACGAAGACGGUUGUGUUUUAGUUUAUCGAAGCACUAGACAAGGUUUCACGCAAUACAUGAGAGGACAAUUAUAUCAGAUAGCUUCCGAGUUUUUCAAUUUGAAAUUGGAAACUAGCGUUAUCGAAACAACCAACAAAAUAACGUCCGAUGGACGAGAUUUGACAAUUGUAACGUUUCGACUGAAUUUUGAUAAUUCACAAUACAUGUGUAAUAAGAAAGCCGAACAAGCUACGCAAAUAAAAUGCGAUUUUCCACCAUUCUCAUGUUGUCUGUUACUGGAAUUAUUUCCGUUUGCCGUAUUAUUGGAUCCAGCUUUGACGAUAAUUGGUGUCGGAGAAAAGCUGGUUGAGGUUGCUGGCGAUAAAGAAAAACUUCUGGGUCAACCCUUAUCGAAAUAUUUCAAAUUAAGGUCGCCCAAAGGGAUUUUGAUGACCUGGAAAAAUAUGUACUAUUUGAAAUCGGUCAAUUUUGAACUUGAAGUUCUUCGAACGGAAUUGAUAAAAUCGACUUUGGAAGAUUUGGAACAAGAUUCACAAGAUACAUGUGAUAAUUUAAGUGUUCGAGAAAUUGAAAUCGAUGGUAAAAGUAUUUCUCCUUAUUCCUUAAGACGAGACAGUCAACCUGGCUUGAGGAAUAUUCUACUUAAAGGACAGAUGAAAUAUUUGAGCGACAUUAACGGUAUUAUUUUUCUUUGCAGCCCCGUAAUAAACGAUAUAAGCGAGUUACCCGAUCAAGGACUUUAUUUGAAUGAUUUAAAUCCACACGGUUUAAGUAAAGAAAUGGUACUUACCGGUUGGCAAAGUAAUUCCAAAUUACAUUUGAUGUUUGACAAAGCGGAACAAAGGGCAACUGAACUAGAAAAAAAUUACACACUUCUCGAUAUGUGGAAACGACGUGGAGACGAGUUGCUUUAUUCAAUGAUUCCGAAACCAGUAGCGGAUUCGUUAAGAACAGGAAAUAGCCCGCUAAGUACUUGUAAGUCAUUCGACAUUGUUACUGUAAUGUUUUGCGAAUUAGUUGGAUUCAAUUCAACUACGGUCGAAGACGCAAUGGAAUUAGUGAGUACCAUGAACGCCGUAUUCUCGUGCUUCGAUUCCUUAAUGGACGCUUUCAACGUUUACAAGGUCGAAACUGUCGGUCAAAUUUAUAUGGCCGUAUGCGGAGCUCCGAACAAAAACGAAAAUCACGCGCGAAAUAUUAUCGACGCUGCUUUGGAAAUGGUAAAACAUAUCAGACAAUUGAAAAUUCCUUCCGGUACUAAAGUCGACGUUAGAAUAGGAGCACAUUCUGGUCCGGUGGUGGCUGGAGUAGUUGGCAUAAAGGUACCUAGAUAUUGCUUUUUUGGAGACACCGUCAAUACGGCUUCUAGAAUGCAAUCAUCUAGCGAGCCAGCAAUGGUGCACAUAUCUGAACCAACAAAAUGUCUUCUACCUAAAGAAAGAUACAUUAUAAUCAACAGAGGUACCGUAAAAAUCAAAGGUAAAGGUAAUAUGCAAACGUUCUGGGCAUUCGAUAAUAUUUAUAACGGCGAAGAAAACAGCGACACCUGACAUCUUUUUAAACAUAAUAAUAUUGACGUACAUAAUUUUUGUAUGUAAUACAUUUCAAUGAAAAAA